GCGGGGAACCGGAUCCCAGGAGGCUGGCUGGCAGCCUGUGGAAGCAGCUGCCGAGCAUUUAUUUAUAUUUAUAUUUCUUGUUGCAAGUUGCGCUCAGAUGUUGCCAAAGCUGGGCUGUGCGCGCCGGCGAGGAAGCGCCUCUCCUGGUCUCUCUUUCUCUCUCCUCGGCUUGCAGGGUCGGAUCCUGCGCCUGCGGAUCGCGCUUCCCAAACCCCCAACCCAACCCCCCCCCCCCCCAUGCUGGGUAUUUAUGCACUGCGAGGAAUCCGCUGCGCGGUGAGUGAUGGAUGGAUGGGGAAGCGGGCAGCGCAGGGCAUGCAAUCAGUGCCAGAUUUAGGUAUAAGCUAAAUAAGCUAUAGCUUAGGGCCCCACUCUCUUGGCGGCCCCCAAAAAAUUAAAGGGGGGAAAAACUGGAUGUAGAUUUUCAAAAUAUAAGAUUAAAAAGCAAAUAAAAUAAAAGCUACAUACAGCAACAGUGUUUUGUGUUGUGUAGGCUCCUAUGAUGUAAGUGACGGACCCCGCCGGCUAGCCUGCUCCCUAAAAUAUCACUGGUUUCCUCAUUUCUAUAUAUAGGGUGCCUACAUUCUGCUGUUUAUAAUUAUUAGUAGUUUGCAUCCUAUAUUUAUUGUUUCACGUUAUAGCAAGUUUCUAGAGACUAGAUUACGAGUCUUUGUAAAUUGUGUUUCUCAAGGAACUUUUGUUAUUGCCAAAUGUGUUUGCAUUAUUAAGUUUGUUAUGAAUACAAAAAUUUUAAGUUGGAGCUUAAUAAUUACCGUAUUUUUUGCUCUAUAAGACUCACUUUUUCCCUCCUAAAAAGUAAGGGGAAAUGUGUGUGCGUCUUAUGGAGCGAAUGCAGGCUGCGCAGCUAUCCCAGAAGCCAGAACAGCAAGAGGGAUUGUUGCUUUCACUGCGCAGCGAUCCCUCUUGCUGUCCUGGCUUCUGAGAUUCAGAAUAUUUUUUUCCGUGUUUUCCUCCUCCAAAAACUAGGUGCGUCUUGUGGUCUGGUGCAUCUUACAGAGCGAAAAAUACGGUAUUUCACUGUUAAUAUAAUUAUUAAUUGUAUUGCGCUAUUAAUAUGCUGCUUCUUAAUUGUAUUUCAGUUCAACAGUUACGUUGAUAAAAUACAUAUUUUGUCAUGUGCAAAUGUCUUGAGAUACCUAUUAGGUCCAUAAAUUACCACAUAGCAUAUAUUCAACACAAAAAACAGGGACAAUUUGUUGUGGGCAAAGGACAGCUGGACAUAUAAAGGGCCCAAUUACCUUCAGCAGCUAGGGCCUCAUCAAACCUAAAUCCAGCCCUGCACACACCCUUUAAUGAAGACCUCCAGGAAUAGGGGCCCCUACUUAGGGUAGCAGAGGUAGCCGUAAAUCCCUCUCCCCGCUGUCUAAGAUUCUUGACCAUCCCUUAUUUUAUUUUUUGCCACCAAAUCUUAUGUCCAAGAAUUUCAUGACUCAUUUAUGCAGCAUGUGAAAAAAGUAUUUUCAUUUGGCUGUCCUGAAUCUCACGCCAAUCCACUAGCAUUAUGAGGAAAAGAGAGAGGGAAAUUCUCUCUGUCUAACAUAUCAGAGCCCUAAUCAGUCAGUCCACCUUUGGAGCUGAAAUCCUUUGACGACUUUUUAAAAUGGCUACCUACUUUUAGAGUGUUAAAUUUGGAUCACUACCUCUUAUCUAUUUGGUGUUUGCACAUUUAUUAACUAUUUCAAAAAAAAAUCAUUUCCCCCUUCUUUCAUCCGCAAAUUACCUUCAGCUUGAAUACUAUUCAGGAAGUUACUUCUACCCACCACAUCAAAAAUUAAAAUUACCUUCAGCUUGAAUACUAUUAAAAGUAAAAUGUUGUACCUGCCAAAGUUCAGAAACAAAAAGCCCCAUACAGUACAGGGGUCAGCAAACUUUUUCAGCAGGGGGCCGGUACACUGUCCCUCAGACCUUGUCGGGGGCCGGACUAUAUUUUUUGGGGGGGGGGGGAAUGAACGAAUUCCUAUGCCCCACAAAUAACCCAGAGAUGCAUUUUAAAUAAAAGGACACUUUCUACUCAUGUAAAAACACGCUGAUUCCCAGACCGUCCGUGGGCCGGAUUUAGAAGGCGAUUGGGCCGGAUCCGGCCCCCGGGCCUUAGUUUCCCUACCCGUGCCAUAGACUGUGUGACCAUCCUUUAUUAGUAAUACGCAGAGUCGGGCCCAUUUGAAUCAAUGCACCAAACCAGCCAUUCCAUUGAAGUCGAUGGGUCUGACUCUUUUGAGCACAUCUUAGUUAGACAUCACCCUUAGUGGAGUAAUUCAUGGACAGGAAUAGCAACUUAUUGGUUUUGUUUUUAUUUGUUUGUUGCAUCAACGCCCUACCUUUCCCUCCAGGGAGAUCAAAGUGGUGUUCGGGGUUCUUCUCCACCCCCCCCAUUUGAUCCUCACAAACAACCCUGUGAGGUAGGCGAGCCUGGAAGGGAAUAAUGGGUCUGAAAUCACCCAGUGAGGUUAUUAUACGGAAACUGGGGUUGGCUUUUACAGCCCGACUCCCCAUCAAGGUCCGAUCCCCGGUCUGAGAACAGAGGCAACCAAAGAACAGAGCUAGCCGUCUUUCAGAUGUGUGGUUUAUGCGCACAUAUUAUGAACAUGCAUUUUAUUGAUGUCACCUGAGAAUUCACAGACCAAAUGGGGAUUUGAACCCUGUCCUAGUCACACUGGCUUAAUAUUAAUUCUAUCAUAUUUUUUAAUAUUUUAUUUCAUCUAAUGUUUAUUGGAUGGAUUUCCCCCCUAAAUUGAUUUUUGAAUUCUGAAUUCAUUGUUAUUCACAUUUUAUACUGUAUUUUAUGCUGUUUUUUGUUGCAUCAAUUAAGUGUUUUAAAUUUGUUGUUAGCCGCCCUGAGCCUGGUUUUCUGAACCGGGAAGGGCGAGGUAUAAAUAAAAAAUUAUUAUUAUUAUUAUUUAGACUACUUAGAAGUGGGUGGGUGUAUAUUAAAAACAAAUCAAUAAUUAGGUGUGGUUUUUUUAAAGCCUAUUCCCCAAAGGGUAAAAUGUGCCCCUCCUCACUUUUUGCAUCUUCUCUCUCCAGAAAGAGGGUGGUCUUUUCCCUCUAGUCUCCAGCCCCCUCACUUCCACAAAACAGUGGAAGCUUUAAACUUUGGACCUGGCUGGUUGUUCCAAUGAAGGAUCGAUAGUUUAGAUCAUCAGCUCCCAAAUCUUUUGGGGCCAUUCUCCAGCUUGGUUUCAUAAAUGCAUACACAGUACCUGGUACCCUGCAAAAAACAUCAUCCGGAAUAGCGGUUUGCACGGCCCGCUAUGGGAGAUAAUGGCACGGUGAAAUUCAAAACAGUAACAACUAAUUGCACAUUUAUUCAAAAUCCAAACUAUUUUGUUAAAUUAAGUCAAGUUGUAGGGGGACCCCAAGGGAACCCCAAAUUAUGAUAUUGUGGACCCCGGGAGUUACCAAGAAAAGGGAACUUCUAGUAGCCUAUCGCUUUAAUAAACUGUUAAGAAACUGCUGAGAAAGUAUUUCACUUUGGGAAGAGAGGAGCUAAAACGCUUAUCGCAAGAACACAAGUAGCAGGUUCACACAGGCGCAAUACAAAGCACAAUAGCCUUUGUAACAAAAUGUAUUGAUGUAAGCUAUGUCAGCAAAUCAACUGGACCGAUCUGAAGGUUUCUGCUUCUGCUAGAAGCGCAGGCGCGCUAAAAGGAAAUGUAACUAAAUAAGUUCUGGCUUUCAAGCUCACUUCUUUCCCCGUCUCCUAGAAUAUUUCUGCAUGCCCAGAAAACAUGGCCGAGGCUCAGGCUGGCUCUGGGAAGGUGACUCUUUUCAGCCAGAAAAAACGAGGGGGUCUCACCUAUCGCAUCCCGGCGCUGCUUUACCUGCCCUCCGAGUCCACCUUCCUGGCGUUUGCAGAGGAGCGCUCAUCCCCCCGGGACGAAGAUGCUAAGUUCCUGGUGAUGAGGCGAGGGCGGAAGGAAGGAACGUCCGUUCAGGUAACGCCAGGAGCAGAAAGCGUAACGCUGCUAUUCUUUCAUUGCACGUUUCUUUACUUUCUUACUAUAUACAAGAAAUGUAAGGCUGUCGUCACGCAGCAGUUCAUGGGCCUGCCAACUCCAGCGUGACAGCAGGGUGGCAGGCAGCUCAGGUAAGUUGUUUAAUGAAGGUGGGGAGGUGCUCUGCGCACUAUGUAUAAUGGGGGGAAAUGCUCUCUGAAGCAAGUCCCCCAGCUGGGAAGGGAGGCUUCCCGUUGCCUAACUGAGAGAUCCCUGCCCCCUCCUGCUUGCCCGCAAGCUCUGAUAGGCAGCGUGAAGCCUCCCUUCUCAGCUUAGUUGCUGGGGUCAGGGAAGGUGGAGGCAGCCCAGAAGCUGCAACUUAGAGGCCCUUCACAACCAUCAUAUGGGGACUUCCGAGCAGCUCCUGAAGCCAGCCAGAGCCAACUCCUCCAGGCUGCUGAGACAUUCCGGGGAUGGAAUUUGUCUGGGAAUUAUUCGCAAAUCCGGGGACUGUCCCCGGGAAACCGGGACGUCUGGUAACCCUUCUGUGGAGGCCAAUUCUGGGUCCACACGUCCUUCCACAGUGGGGACAUAGGUUUCCGGGUGGGAGUUGAUCACGGUGUGGAUUUGCCAAGCGUGCCUUCCUCUUAGCGUGUUUCUCCCUUGUGUCCUGAGUUCGAGUGUCUUCAAAGCCCGUGACACCUUUAGUAAAAGCUGCUCUCCAGCUGCAGUGCUUGCAGGCCAGUGUUUCCCAAAUUUCUGUGCUUAUGUUGCAUUUUAUAUAUAUAUAGAUUUCCCCUGAGAGUGCCUUUAAAGCUCUUUUGUUGUAUUUCACUUUCUUUUCAGAAAAUGCUUUGUCCCAAAUUACAUUAUGCCAUUGUGUACAACCCUGUAUUUAUAAUAAUGAUAUGCACACAUGGAACUAGAUUUUUAAAAAAUCUACGGUCUUUGCUAAUAACAAUUUACAAACAGUCGUCCCUUGGAUCUCAAAUGCCUUGGCUCCUGAACAAAUCGGCUCCCAAACGAUCGAAACCCAAUAGUGAGUGUUCCGGUUUCCGAAGCAUUUUCGGAAGUCGACCAUCCGGCGCGGCUUCUGAUUGGCUACAGGAGCUUCCUGCAGCCAAUCGGAAGUCGUGUUUUGGUUUCCGAAGAUUUUGGAAUUCAAAAGGACUUCUGGAACAGAUUCUGUUCGACUUCCAAGGUAACCACUGUACAAGGAAAUUCAGACAAAACCUAAAUUCAGAUAAAUUUGACUGGAUUUGAGGCUGCAACAAUCGGAUCCAAGUAAUUCAAGUAAUUGUCCCGUUUGGCUCUCUGACUUCAUGAGCAACAGAUAUAUGACAUAGAUUCUUCCACGUGUGGCUAUGAAGAGUCCGUUCCAUAUGCCUUCUGCCCACAUUUUAAAAAAAGGAAUGGAAAGAUAGGGUUAACAGCUUGCCAGUCAGGCUGAGCGACUGACAGCUGUUCCAGUCUGUGAAUAUUUAUGCCGCUGACUCAAUAAGUAACUUGAAGCCUUGCUGGGAACUUGCCCUGGUAACGCUGGGGGUUUGGGUUUGAGUCCCGGUAUAUGAUAGCAGAAGCAAGCAGGCACUCCUACAAGAAAAAGGGCAAAUUUGCUAAUCCUGCAUCACUUUUCCAGGGAUCAAGUCUGAGAUUGUUUUUAAAAAAACAGUAUCCAGGCAAUGCCUCUCAGCUCUGUCCUCUCCAAAUCCAAGCCACCGAAAUGCUUUCCUUCUGGAAAGUUUCAUUUUCUUCAUCUGUAUUAAUUUACAAAGCCCUGAACAAUUUCGGUCUAGGAUACCGCAGGGAUCACCAGAACCCUGAUAUCUCAGCUCGAUCACUGGGAUCAUUUGCAGGAGCAUUGUUCGUCAUUCCCCGAGACAGAGAGGCUCAUCUGACAGCAGCAAUAAACCUAGCUUUUAGUGUCAAAUGUCCCAGUCCUGUGGAACUCUCUGCCACUGGAGAUUCUGGUCACCAGUGAUGGGACAGACAGGAGGCGGAUUUAGUGACGCAAUCCCCCCUUUAAAAAAAGCUCAAAAGCCUUGGGAAAUCCCCCUCCAAAAAAGCUCAACAACUCUGUGCCAUCUCCCCCAUUUUCUAAAAUUUGAGUCCCCCCAAAUAAGGGGCAUCUUAUACAUGGGGGCGUCUUAUAGAUGGAAAAGUAUGCAGGGCUGUCUUAAGUAUAUGCGGCGCCAGGUUGCCCAGUCCCAGGCACUUCCACCGACGGGCGGGCUCUUCCCCAGACUCAACUCUCGGGCCUCGGACUGGUGCCCCUGAGAGCCUAGCGCCCGGGUGCCCCGCACCCCUAGCGCCUAUGGGGAAGACGGCCCCGAAAGUACAGUAUAUAGGAAUAGGUUGAGGUCUGAGUGUUGGGUAGUGCUGCCCUCUGUGAACACACAGCCUGCGGGGAGUUCGAGAAGGGAGUGGAAUUUAAACCUCUAUUUAAAGCCACCCGAAAAUAGAUGGUGUGCUCACUCCAACGGCGCUUGACUCCCAAAUUAAAAACCACAAAGCCUUUUUCGAGCGCUGGGAUGCCACUUGUGUCCUCAGCAAAAAGUGUGAUUAUCCUCAGACAAGGAUGUCCAUUGUUAAAUUUGGAACAUAUUUAAAUCACCUAUUAUCCAUUCAUUGUAAAAUUACAAGUACUUUUAAAACCCUGCUAAUGUAUUAACCUGUGUACUCUGCUCCUGUAUAUAUGCAAUAAGCAUCUUCCAUUCUUCAUUGAAUUUGUUGUCGUCUCUUCCUCUUAAUUUCAUUGUCAGUUUUGCCAUUUAUAUAACAACAACAACAACAACAACAACAACAACAAUAAUUUAUUAUUUAUACCCCACCCAUCUGGUUGAGUUUCCCCAGCCACUCUGAGCGGCUCCCAAUCAAGUGUUAAAAACAAUACAGCAUUAAAUAUUAAAAACUUCCCUAAACAUUUCAGAAUAUUCCAUUAAUUUAACUUGCCAAUCUUCUUUAGCUGGGACACCUUCUUCUUUCCAGUAUUGUGCUAAUAAUGUCCGUGCAGCCGUAGUUGCAUACGUAAAUAGAUUCUUUUGUGAUUUUGGUAAGCCCACUCCUGGGCGUGGUGGGGAUUUGAACCCCAACCUCCCUGGUUCCUAGUCCAACACUCUAACCACUGCACCACAGUGAAGAGAGGGAAAUAUCUGGGUUUACUCUCUAACUUGGAGGUUGUCAACCUGGUCUCUGUCAGGAGUUCAGCCCACAUUCGAGUAGGACCCUGGCAGAGACACAUGCCCAACUGACAUGUUCUCUCCCUCCUGGUUGAUCGUUCGGGAGCUUCGAAAGCUUUCUUCAACCCGAACAUCACAGCGACCGAUGCCAACAGACACCGGCACCAUUAGGGAUCCACAGAGUUUGCACAUCAUGCACAUGACAGACCUCAGCAACUCAGCAUUUUGGCUAAUCUACUUUAUUUACCUGUAUACCUGAAGGAGCGUCUCCACCUCCAUCGUUCUGCCCGGACACUGAGGUCCAGCUCUGAGGGCCUUCUGGCGGUACCCUUGCUGUGAGAAGCCAAGCUACAGGGAACCAGGCAGAGGGCCUUCUUGGUGGUGGCGCCUGCCCUGUGGAACGCCCUCCCACCAGAUGUCAAAGAGAAAAACAACUACCAAACUUUUAGAAGACAUCUGAAGGCAGCCCUGUUUAGGGAAGCUUUUAAUGUUUAAUAGGUUAUUGUAUUUUAGGGUUUUGUUGGAAGCUGCCCAGAGUGGCUGGGGAAACCCAGCCAGAUGGGCGGGGUAUAAAUAAUAUAUUAUUGUUGUUGGUGGUGGUGGUGUUGUUAUUAACACACACAGAGCACUGCAACAUGGCUCCCUCUCUCUCUAGCAUCGGAUAGAGAAAGAACAAAGGACAAUAGUCCCACUUCACACAACACAGUAACACAAAUACCCUGUCUCCGUCACUUCCCACUCUGUGGAGUCAAAACACAUACCGUCAUGUGAAAGACAACAGUCCCAUGACUGCAAUCAUGGAGCAGGCAUUCUAACAGUCCCUACCACCCACUAGUGGGCGUUUCAGGAUUCUAGGUGGGCGGUAGGGGGUUCUACGGCACAAGCCGAAUCCUCCUUCCAUCGAGCACUGGUGGGCGGUAAGGAAAUUUUACCAUCAAGAAAGAUGCAUUAGUGGGCAGUAGGUAUUAAAAGCUUGACUAUGCUCUAAGGGACGCAGGUGGCGCUGUGGGUUAAACCACAGAGCCUAGGACUUGCCGAUCAGAAGGUCGGCAGUUCGAAUCCCCGCAACGGGGUGAACUCCCGUUGCUCGGUUCCUGCUCCUGCCCACCUAGCAGUUCGAAAGCACGUCAAGUGCAAGUAGAUAAAUAGGUACCGCUCUGGCGGGAAGGUAAACGGCGUUUCCGUGCGCUGCUCUGGUUCACCAGAAGCAGUUUAGUCCUGCUGGCCACAUGACCCGGAAGCUGUACGCCGGCUCCCUCGGCCAAUAAAGCGAGAUGAGCGCCGCAACCCCAGAGUCGUCCACGACUGGACCUAACGGUCAGGGGUCCCUUUACCUUUACCCGUGCUCUAACUCAUCCUCUGCUUCGUAUUUCAGUGGGGUCCUCAGGAACCUCUGGAGACAGCUGUGCUGCCCAACCACCGCACCAUGAACCCCUGCCCCGUGUUCGAGAGGAAGAGCGGCACCCUUUUCCUCUUCUUCAUCUGUGUGGAGAAGUACAUCACGGAACGGCACCAGAUCAGCACGGGGAGGAACGCCGCCAGGCUCUGCUACGUCUCCAGCCAAGAUGGCGGCCGCACCUGGAGCCAGGCGACUGACCUGACCGAGGCGGUCAUUGGCGGAGAGCUGACCAAUUGGGCCACGUUUGCCGUCGGCCCGGGCCACGGCGUCCAGCUCAGCUCCGGGCGCCUGGUGAUCCCGGCGUACGCUUAUUACAUCCACAAGCGCUUGUUUGGGCACCCUCUGGAGUGCUGGAUCAAGCCCCACUGCCUCACUUUCUACAGCGACGACGGCGGGCAGAGCUGGUCGCGCAGCCCGCUCCUCGAGGCCUUGCUGACCUCCGAGUGCCAGGUGGCCGAGCUGUCGUGCCCGGACGACAGCCGGGUCCUCUACUGCAACGCCCGCAGCCUCCACAACUACCGGGUCGGGGCGCUGUGCACCGACAACGGCCACCAGUUUGUCAGCCCCUCCCUGUGCGAGGAGUUGUGCGAGUCUCCCCACGGGUGCCAGGGCAGCGUGGUGAGCUUCUCCCCUCAGCUGGAGCCGUUGGAUCUGGGCCGGAAGAAAGACGGGGCCAAGUCGUCGGGUCUCGAUCCCUCCUCGGCCCCCCUCAAGGGCGCCCGGUCGUGGCUGAUCUUCUCCCACCCCACAAAAAGGCACAAGCGCGUGGAUCUGGGCAUCUACCUCAACACCUCUCCGUUGGAGAAGGGCUGCUGGAAAACUCCGUGGGUGCUGAACAAAGGGCCCAGCGGGUAUUCGGACCUGGCCGUGUGCGAGGAGGGCGAGUCGGUGAUGUUUGGGUGUCUGUUUGAGUGUGGGGUGUCCUGCGAGUGUGAAGAGAUCGCCUUCCAACUGUUCACGGGUGUCGAGCUCCUGAGGAAGGUGAGGGAAAGCUGCUGUGGUCCCUCUACUCCCUUGGAAGCAUAGGUGCUCAGGGACGUUUAGCACCCCAGGACAGAAAAUGUGGGUGCCCUCGCUUGCCUCUCCCGCCAGGCUCUCCUAUGUCUCCGCCAUAGUAUUAUACCGUGCAGGCUUUGGAAAACGCCCGUCGUUUUGGGAUGACGAUAAACAGGCCCUCGCUUCUGCCUCCUUGAAAGUAGCUAAACAAAAAAGAAUUACAGUGGUACCUUGGUUCUCAAACUUAACCCGUUCCAAAACCAAAGCGUUCCAAAACCAAGGUGUGCUUCCCCAUAGAAAGUAAUGCAAAAGGGAUUAAUCCGUUCCAGACUUUUAAAAACAACCCCUAAAACAGCAAUUUAACAUGAGUUUUACUAUCUAACGAGACCAUUGAUCUAUAAAAUGAAAUCAAUAAUCAACAUACUGUACUAUAAAAUAAAUAAGAUGGUAUUGUAGAUGAUAUAUAAAAAAAAUUCUUACCUGCAAUGAUGAUAGUCAUUGUUUGGAUGGGGGAUUUUUAUACAUUUCCACAGUCACACAAUAAAUGUAGCUGAACUGGGUUCCACACAGUCACAAAAACAAAUUAACCAAAAAAGCCUCAAAAACAGAAACGCAAAACAAAUAGCAAAAACAAAAGCGCCAAACUUAAUCCUUUCCGGAUGUCCAUUUGACUUCCGAAAUGUUCGAAAACCAAGGUGCAGCUUCUGAUUGGUGCAGGCAUCCCAGAAACAAUAGCCAACAGAUGUUCGGCUUCCGAAAAACGCCUGAAAACCGGAAAACUUACUUCCCGGUUUUCGGCGUUUGAGAACCAAGGUACCACUGUACUGCAUCUUCUGCGUAAUUAUAUUGAUAAAUCGAAAGGGGCGGUCUACAAUUCAAGGUUGUUGUGAUUUCUUUCUUUCAUUUUUACCUCGGGACUCUCUUUUUCACCAUCGCUGACGGCUGCCUCCUGUUGGUCACAAGAUACGUCUCGCCCUUCCAUGUCCUGGGGCCUAAAAUGAUAUAUAAACAGAACUCCAUUGUUCAGAAUUGGCAUAUUGCCGCCUUUGCUGCCUUCUACUUCUGUACACGAAAGGAGGAACUUUUCAAAGUUCAAAAACGGAUGGGCAAUGCCAUACCCUCUGGGAUUUUUGGCACCAGAAUGGGCACUCAUCAUUUUUUUGCUUGAGCACUUGCGCGAAAGCAUAAGAGCAAAAGACGCUCGCUAAAAUGGGACGGUUGAGGGCUAUGCAAGCUUAGAUGCUGGCGAUUUCUCUCACGCACCCCCUGACAUUUCCCAUAGGUCUUAUCCUGGCUCCAGCUCCCGCGUCCUUGUUUCCAGAUGCAGGGCCCCACAGUCUGAACACCAUAAUAUUUCAUACUAGGGCCAUCUUUAACCAGGACUCCCAUUUAUUUUCUCAAACUUGGACGUCUGUAAUUUUGGAAAAGAUCAGAGUCGCCCCAAAAGCAAGGCAGUGCUUGUACUGAUGUGCUAGUGGGGGGUUCUUAAAUAUGCAGAAAUGUAUAUGUUAUAGUUUUUUAAAAAAGAAACAUAUUAAGCCCUUGAGCUUCCAGGUUCUGUGGGGUGUUAAAGGCCCAGAGACACAGAUCUAGAGCAGGUCAUCUCAUUAUCCCUCCUGGUCUGCCCCGCAGAGGACCUUAACGUCCAUGAAUAACCAUAGUUUAGAGGUCCCGGGCCCUAAGGAAGCCAGACUAUCCUCCACCAGGGCCAGGGCCUUCUCAGUGAUGGCUCCGACCUGGUGGGAUGCUCUAUCCCAGGAGACCAGGGCCCUGCAGGAUUUAACCUCCUUCCGUUGGGCCUGUAAGACAGAGCUAUUCCGCCUGGCUUUCAAUUUGAACUUAGCCUGAUCUUUUUAUUCCCCUUCCUCCCCUCCCCCUCCCCUUUUUAUGAAGAUUACCCGCUCUGGGAUCCCACAGCUAAUUCUCGCCUGGUCUCCUCACUGGCCCAAUUAGGACUAAUUUAGCCAGCCAGCCCUGGUGAUCAUCUAAUGCUUAUUGGAUGGAUUUCCCCCCUAAAUUGAUUUUUGAAUUCUGAAUUUAUUGUUAUUCAUGUUUUAUACUGUAUUUUAUGCUGUUUUUUUGUUGCAUCAAUUAAGUGUUUUAAAUUUGUUGUUAGCCGCCCUGAGCCCGGUUUUCCGAACCGGGAAGGGCGGGGUAUAAAUAAAAAAAUAUUAUUAUUAUUAUUUAUUAUAGAGAAGGGACUUCUCGGUUCGCAGCAAAUGACAAAGCCAGGAGUUUCAGCAUCUUCUGUUAGCUUUGCGGUGGGGGCACCGUGUGCUUCUCCCCAACUACGCUGAAACCCUGAGUUUAUAGACUUCCCCUCACUUCUGCCCAAGAAGGGUGCAGAAAGUGAAGAAACUGGGAGGAUGCCUAAAGAAUGGAGCCCAAGUUCGUAGUUCAGGGAGACGAUGAAUGAGGGUGGUUGCCUCAUUGCAAAACAAACCAAAAUUACAGCCAGCACGACUGUGCAAAAUAGAGAUGUCUUGAGCCUGUUAGGACGGAUGCAUAAAAUGUCCACAACAGCUCUCUGUCUCACACACAAAUUUCCGUGCCUUCUAAAGAAAGGAGCUGCUUUUGAAAUAAGUCUGUCUCAUUCCCAGAUGUGUGUUUUUUGGUUAUUUGAGUAUCCUGUUCCCUGACUCCUGCAAGAUGUCGCUCAGUUUGGGCCCAGUGGUUCAUUUUCCUGUGGCAACAAGAUGGUGGCCUUUCAUGGCUUUCUGAUUUGUCUUGAUCAACAGUGCUAGAAAACAGA